UUUAAGAACGUUAGUUCUAUGUCAAAACGGAAGACGUCUUGUAGCUCUUCUGAAGUUGAAAAGGAAGAAAUUGAAGACGGAUACACUCUUCCUUUGCUGAAUAACUCGCAAGAAAUUCCCUUGAGAAAGGAAAUUUUCGUGAAGAAAUUGUUGCUCUGUAAAUCUUUUUUGUCAUCUUCGAAGCGAAGUAAAAGUGAGGAAGGUAUUCUCAGGACUCACGCGGACUGGAUAGAAGUUCGUAGAAGGAUACUUUUCGAACUUAUAGACUAUGUAAGUGUCACUGAUGACCCGUUUGAGGAGCAAUCCCUACAGUUGGUUGUAAGUCUUCUAGAGGAGAUAGUUGGUGCAGAGCGGUCCGUAUCAUCAACUCGCUUUGCUCAACUCUCUUUUUUCGAUGCAAAGGACAAAACUGAUGUGCCGAUAUCAUUAGAAGUAAGGGAAAAUGAAACGAAGAUAAAAGAUUCCGAAUGGUCUAUUAUUCAACUUGUGUACGAACUGUUUAUUCAGAUGAUCAUUGCAGAUGGACUAGAGAUCAGAUGCUUUCUCAAGUAUAUAACAGAAUCCUUUAUCUCUAAGCUAUUUCAUUUAUUCCGCAGUGGAGAUGUAAGAGAGAGGGAUUAUCUCAAAACUGUUUUUCAUCGUAUUUACCAAAGAUUCAUAAGACGUCGAUCUUUCUUGAGAAAGAAAAUCAACGAAUAUCUCUUUUCUUAUGUUUUUGAAGGAGAACCUUGUUGUGGCAUAAGAGAAAUCUUGGAAAUACAAUCUUCAAUUGUUCAUGGCUUCGCAGUUCCUUUGAAAGAAGAACACAAAGAUAUGCUGUUUCGAUAUUUGAUGCCACUGCAUCGUGAAGCCGAAUUGGAAAUAUUCUUUCCUCAGCUGUUAUCUUGUGUUCAUUCAUUUGCUGAGAAAGAUCCUACGCUUAUUCCUUCUAUUUUGUCAAGGUUGUGUUCCACUUGGCCAAAGUAUAACAGUAUGAAACAGAUACUGUACAUAAAUGAGGUGGAAAUUGUACUCCAGAGUGUAACUGAAAGUGUAUUUGCGAAGAUUUCGAAAUCGGUUUGGCUUGAACUUUUAAAUUGUACCUGCUGUCCUCAUUUUCAAGUUGCUGAAAGAGCCAUUAGCCUUUGGAAUGAUACGAGACUUGUUAAGAUGAUGGCUGCAUAUAGAAAGGAACUUUUAAUUACUUUGAAUGACUCGAUAGAUAAUGUUAUCGAGCGGCACUGGUGUAAGUUAGUAUGCUCAGUAGCUCUAGAAGUUAAACAGAAAUGGAUACAAGCAGUACCGGAUUUUUUUCAGUGGCGUCAACUAAAUAGUUUUGACCGUGGUAGAACUAUUGACAUUGCUUACUCAAGUCAAAAGCGACACUGUAUAUCUCCAAAUUUCGUGGAAAACUCUACUCCGAAGACUACUUUGGCCGAUUCGUCAAGAAAUUUUCUAGUCCCUUGCGCAGAAUACAAGGUUGAAUCCACUUGAGUGAUUUCUUAAGGAGUCAAACAAACCAGUCUGUAUAAUAAAAAAUGUGCAAGUUGU